CGUCCGCUCUAACUUGACGGUGUUGUAAAAUACUGACGUGAAAUCGUAGCUUGACUCGCACCAACACUGUGUUCAAGAUUUCAAUCAAAUUUACGUGUUGCGUCAAAGACGAGCCGAUUAUUUUGACUUCUCCUCAAGACGACAUACGAUAUGGUGUAGCCGUCAUUGCCAAAUCACGAUUUUGCCAAUGAAAGGAAACUCUGUCAAUGAAAUACAAAUGUGGCUAUGUGUGUAUUGGUAAAUAAUUUGCAUCUGUGUUAACUAUCUUCACGAUAAAGAGGCAAUUAAAGCACUACAAAGGCGCUGAAUGAUCGCCAAAUCUUCCGAUGUCGGUUGAUAGUAAAGGUGAUACUCCUGUUAAAGUUGAAUAUAUCGAAGCACAAAGUGCGGUUGCCAUGAGAAACGAGAAUAUAGCGACGAAUGCUUCAAAAAUGACACGUCAAGAGGCGUACGUUGAGCUUAAACCAUCCGCAGAUAUUGACGAUUCCCCUUCUCCCCAAAAGAAUGAAACUUUAGUCGAACCGGGCGACAUGGUGACGCAUCGUACCACCAAGACCACCCAAACUUCACCGGUUACCCCUCCAAGCGCCGGAAGUCCCUCGAAUCCUCUUAUCCCUAAUAAAUUUCAGUUUGAUCCAAACCUGUCUUAUGCAGAGAAGGUCGCUCAUGAAAUGAUUGUAACGGAAAAAAUGUACUUGGAAAACUUAAAACAAAUCAUCGAUGGUUUUCUAGGUCCUGUUGUUAACGCUUCUGAUAUCAAUGUAUCUAAGGAAGACAUACAAGAUUUAUUUAUUAACGUCGAGGAUAUUUAUCAAUUUAAUCGGAUUUUGCUUCAAGAUAUGGAAAAUUGUAAUUAUGAUCCAGUGAAAUUAGCUAAGUGCUUCGUUUUAAAGCAAGUUGGGUUUGAAAUAUAUACAAAGUAUUGCACUCAUUAUCCAAGAUCAAUGGAAGUGCUCUUCGAAUGGAAUCAACGAGAGGACACGGCAAAUUUUAUCCAACAACAACAAGAAUUGCUUGGUCAUACAUUACCACUUUGUUCUUUCCUGCUUAAACCAGUUCAGAGAAUUUUAAAGUAUCAUUUACUUCUCGGGAAUAUUGCCAAGCAUUUUAAGCAAGCCGAAGACGAAGAAGGCUAUGAAAUUAUUCAGAAAGCAUUGUCAGCAAUGACGAGCGUAGCCAAACAUAUCAAUGACAUGAAACGAAAACACGAAGAUGCCGUUCAUUUACAGGAAAUUCAAAGUAUUCUGCUCGAUUAUGAGGGUCCAAACCUUUCGUCAUUUGGUAGUGUUGUUUUAGAGGGUUCAUUUCGUCUUCAUGGGGCAAAAACAGGACGAUAUCUUCUUGUAUUUGAGAAGGCAUUGCUGAUCACAAAACGUCGAAGUGACGGUACAUUCGCUUGGAAGGCCACAGUCAUGUUUUCAAACAUGAUGUUGGCUGAUUCAGUUCUUCGAGAACCAUUGACGUUCCAAGUUUUUCGAUUUGAUGACAGAAAAAUCGGUUAUACCUUCGUGGCUCGUGAUUUGGAAACCAAGAGGGUCUGGUUACUUGAAUUAAAGAAACGAUUGCUGGAUAGCUAUACAGCUAAUGUUCCAAUGAAGGCCAAGCAAAUUAUUUUGGGAAAUAGCAGAGAAGAAAAAGAAAAGGAAAACACGGAGCGCGAGAUCCCGAGACACACGACGAACCAUAAAGGUGAAAAUCAACAACGUACAUUAAUUAAAGAUAACUAUUCAAGCAACAAAAAGGCAGUGAAUAGACAUGCUGAAAAUGAACGACGCAAGACUAAGGAUGAAGAUAGCUUGGAGGAAAAAACAAAACCGUCUUCGGAUUCCAGGAAUCCAUUACGACGAGGUCUGCGAGUCUUCAAAAGGAGAAGGCCUGUCAAGGAGGUAACACGUGUUAGUUGGUCCUCCGAUGAAAAUAACGACAAUGCAGUUGACGAUAGCAAAAAUAUCGUUAUUCAUGAAAAAAUAAACAUUGAGGAAAGAAAGUCGAACGAUGACAGUUCAUUAGAAUUGCAAAACGAAGAGUCCAAAGAUCCUACUAACGUUGAAACGUUUGGUGACAAGAGCACGUAUAACUCCUCGUUGCCUGUCUCUUCCAUUGCACAAAAUGAGGACAUUCAAGUGCAAUUCCAAAGUGAUGAUGAUGGCCUACGAAUUGCUAGGGACGAUAAUCUCCCCACAAAAAAGCGUCGUGUUACUCAAGAAAAGUUCUUAAGACGUUGCUCGAUGCCAGCCACAAAUUAUUACGAGUCGUUGAUGUACGAAGAAGGCCCGUUUAUGACACUCGCUCGUACUUUAAGCAUGUCCCGAUUCAAUGAAAAAUUCCUAGAAAGAGAAACUAUCGAUCCUGCUUCUUAUGCUAAAGACUUAGAGAAAUAUGAUUUAGUAGAGCCAUUUAGUAGAGCCAAGGUCAAACUAACCGAUCCUAUCAUCUACGAAGGUCAACUGCAUGUCAAUGACGUAAUGGAUGAACAUCAUAGUGAUGUCAUUAUUCCUGAUAGCCACUCGAGUGUUAAUCAGACGAUGAAACAUGUCAGCCAAGCAUUUUCUGAUAUUUCUACAACAUUUAGCCAGGAUAAAUCUCCUUAUUCCAGUUUUGAUGAGUUGACGAGUGAUUUGAGUCCAGGCGACUUUACUCCUGAUAAUUUGACAUUAGGUGACAAUUCUGCUGAAAGUUUGAGUCGAGAUGUUAAAUCUACGAAGAAAGAACUUCCGGUGAAUGUUAAUGGCGAAGAAUGGAUUGAAAAUAACGGCGUUAAAUUUGAUCGAAGUGAGGAGGGAACUGCGCAAAGUGAACGAAGUAGUUAUGUUGAAACAUUAUCUGAUGUUUCUUUUGAUGAACCAGCUGAUAAUAUAUGGCAACAACGAACAUAUCAACGUGUCUUUACUUUAAAAAAAUCAUUUAGUGAAGAAAAUCUCGUUAGCAAAUGCUCAAUGGAUGGGGACAAUAAUGGUGAAAAUAUGACGUCAAAAAGUUGUUCUCACGUGACUGUUAUGCGCUCAAGCAGUAUGGACAGAUAUAGAAAACCACAGCAUUCAUGUCGGCCGUUCAAUUUUUCUGUUACACCCAAGAAAAAAAUUGUUAUCCGGGAUUCUAAAUGGACUAUUGAUCAGCAGCAAAGUCAAAAUAGUCCUGAAAUAUCUGUUGUAAAAGGUUCACGUUCUCUUAGACGACGACGAAAACAUAGAUCUACGACGAAAAGUCGGGAAAGAGAGGAAUCCGUACAAAAUGUCGCACGGUCGACUGCGGUCUUGAACGUACCAGAUUAUACAGCAAUGAAUAAUUAUGAAACUUCUUCAUUGGCUCCAGAUAAUCAAUCUACAGAAAAGAAUAGCAUGAGACCGCGGAUAAUGCAUAUUAAUUUGAGAAAAAGGUCUGAUAGUUCUCUUAUACCCUUCAAAGAUGAAAAUGAAACAUUUUUGGACAACAACGAUAAUGUUGAAGUUUUUCAAAUGCAUCCACCUGUCACUAACGUUACUGUAAAUUUACGAAAAAAACGUGAAACUAGAAGCAACGAGAACAUCAAAGAUUCUUUUGAUGUCUCUGAUCCGCCAGCGAGUAUAAAUUAUACGUCCACUCAACCUCCUCGGGUAGAAAUUUGGAACAGUGAACAACGAGAAACGGUUGUACGUGAUAAGGUGAAGACCAAUGGCAGUUUUUCGUCCUCAGUUGCACGUGACAAGGUGAAGACCAAUGGCAGUUCUUCGUCCUCAGUUGCACGUGAUAAGGUUAAGACCAAUGGCAGUUUUUCGUCCUCAGUUGCACGUGAUAAGGUUAAGACCAAUGGCAGUUUUUCGUCCUCAGUUGCACGUGAUAAGGUGAAGACCAAUGGCAGUUUUCGUCCUCAGUUGCACGUGACAAGGUGAAGACCAAUGGCAGUUUUCGUCCUCAGUUGCACGUGACAAGGUGAAGACCAAUGGCAAUUCUUCGUCCUCGGUUGCACGUGACAAGGUGAAGACCAAUGGCAAUUCUUCGUCCUCGGUUGCACGUGACAAGGUGAAGACCAAUGGCAAUUCUUUGUCCUCAGUUGCACGUGACACGGUGAAGACCAAUGGCAGUUCUUUGUCCUCAGUUGCACGUGACACGGUGAAGACCAAUGGCAGUUCUUUGUCCUCAGUUGAACAACUCUCUAAUUAUUUCAAUAAGGUCUCCAUCAAUAAUGGUGAGGAGGUUAAAGAACAAGUCAAAAGCGCGCAAAGUAACGUUUUUAAAAGUGAUAGUAUCAAACAAGAUGUUCAUUUUAAAAACGGUAGUUUCGGUCACCGUACUACUACAACUAACAAUUCAUCUGUUUUCCUUAAUCCUGUGGCACAAAAUAGAAAAUAUCUUAAUAGUAGACGGGUAUUGAGUACAUCAUCACUCAACAACAACGGUGGAAAAACACAAAUUUCUGGCGAUGAUGAUCAAGGAAAUAUGCGUAGACAUUCAAUGUCAUCGCGAAUUUAUGAUCGUAUUAAAGAACUGGGUCAAAAUCCCGGACAAAAAAUGGACAGAAAUUUGGAUGAUGAUUUACGGGAUUGCAAACGGAUUAAAGAACGCAUAGAUAAUCUUCAAAGUGACGCUAAACGAAAUCCUUCAAACACUGGUCGAGAUAUAAAGGUGAUUGACGAUCGUGGUUCUAGCGAAACACCACAGCGAAACGAUGAGUUACAAGUUGUUAUUAUUCGAAGAGGUUGGGUCCGAAGAUUUGUGAAGAAUAUUGAAACAAAAAUAGGAAACUUUGAAACUUUUUACUAAGUAAAAAGUAGUAGGAUGUUAAAUAUGCACAAACACAACGUAUUAAUUAAUUCAUUUAGAUAAAACAAACGUAAUAUUCUUUUAUUUCAAUAAUGCAAAUAUGUAUGUAGUCUGCACGUCAUUAAUAUCGUUGUCACGGCAACUGCGCACACGACUACUGCGCACGUUUCAUAUCUCUUCACUUACCAUUGCUUGAAUUUUGGGGAAGAAACCUCUUAAAAACAAUGUCAAUUGUCACUGACAUAAUUAUACCGCAUGUUUCACACAGAUAUAUGUCAUACUUAUACUAUUUGCAAAAUAAUCCGUUAUUUAAUGAUGUGGAUAUCCUGUGGUAUCUUGAAAAUAUACUCAACGAAAUAA